UUUCACUCUCCCCCUCUUCCCCUCCAUUUCUUUCUUUUUUUUCAUUCACAAAGCAAAUCAUUCGUAUAUACACGACAAUUUUUUUUUUAAAUAAAUAAAAUUAAUUUAAAAAAAAAACACUGUAAUGAAUCAAUGAUAGAAAGAUCGAAUUCGUGGCGAUCAUCAAAACGAUUCGUUUUGUUAAUCAGAAACCCUAAGCCUAUCGUUUCUUUACUUUCCUAGGCUUUCGAUCUAUUGAUACGUGGAUCUGGUUUGAUCUGAAACGAUGCCGUCACAGGGGGAUCUGGAUAGGCAGAUCGAGCACUUGAUGGAGUGCAAGCCGUUGUCGGAGGCGGAGGUGAAGACUCUGUGCGAUCAAGCGAGAGCGAUUUUGGCGGAGGAGUGGAACGUCCAGCCAGUCAAGUGUCCGGUCACCGUAUGCGGCGAUAUUCACGGACAGUUUUAUGAUCUAAUCGAGCUUUUUCGCAUAGGUGGCAAUGCUCCCGAUACUAAUUAUCUCUUUAUGGGCGAUUACGUAGAUCGUGGGUACUAUUCAGUAGAGACUGUCACGCUUUUGGUGGCACUGAAAGUUCGGUACAGAGAUAGAAUUACAAUCCUUAGAGGAAAUCAUGAAAGCCGGCAAAUAACACAAGUGUAUGGGUUUUAUGAUGAAUGCUUGAGAAAAUAUGGAAAUGCCAAUGUCUGGAAGUAUUUUACCGACCUUUUUGAUUAUCUUCCCCUUACAGCCCUUAUUGAGAGUCAGAUCUUCUGUUUGCAUGGGGGACUGUCACCAUCUUUGGAUACACUAGAUAACAUCAGGGCCUUAGACCGCAUACAGGAGGUUCCGCAUGAAGGACCCAUGUGUGAUCUCUUGUGGUCUGAUCCAGAUGACCGCUGUGGAUGGGGAAUAUCUCCUCGUGGUGCUGGUUACACUUUUGGGCAGGAUAUUGCAGCUCAGUUCAAUCACACAAAUGGACUCUCACUGAUUUCAAGGGCACACCAGCUUGUCAUGGAAGGAUACAAUUGGUGUCAGGAAAAAAAUGUUGUGACUGUAUUUAGUGCUCCAAACUAUUGUUACCGGUGUGGAAAUAUGGCUGCAAUUUUGGAGAUUGGGGAGAAUAUGGACCAGAAUUUUCUUCAAUUUGAUCCUGCACCCCGGCAAAUAGAGCCUGAUACCACACGCAAGACACCUGAUUAUUUUUUGUAAUUUUCAUAUUUCGACCAUCUGUUUGUAAUUUCUGUUUGCUUCUUUACCAGUGUAGAUGUGUUCUAAAAAGAGGAGCUUUUGUUGUUUAAGUUGAGGUUGAUCAACAUCAUUCUUUUGUUUGGAGUUUGACCUACUACUGCAUUGUUGAUGUGCUCAAGGAAUCCAUAGGAGUACUGACAGAAGGCACCAAUAGCCUUGUGUCUUGUAUAUUUUUUUUAAAAAGGGCGGGAAUAACAUGUUAUAUAUUGUUCUAUAA